UUAUAUUCAAUUUACUUAUUCUGUUCACAGCAUUGAUUACCAUUGUAAUGAUUUCUUGUUUGAUUUAGAUGAUUGUCUUCCUGGUAAUUUUCCUUGCUGCUCUUCUGUGUCCCUCCGUCCACAGUGAGGAGUCUUCAGAGAAAUGGUGCUAUCACGAGCCAUCAUGCAAUUUUUCAACAUGGCCUCAAACUUAUCCACAAUCCUGCAAUGGAUCCAGGCAAUCUCCCAUUAAUAUCGUGACUGCAAGUGUUCAGGAAAAUCCUAGCCUGAGCUCAUUUAACUUCACUGGUUUUGAUGACAACUCCACCUUCAAGUCAAUCACGAAUACAGGCGAAUCUGUGGUGGUCGGCCUUGAUGAUCAUAAAAUGUCAGUGCAAGGAGGUGAUCUUCCAGGUCUAUACAACACUAAACAAUUCCAUAUCCACUGGGGUAACGGCAGCUCCUCGCCUGGCUCCGAACACACUGUGGAUGGCAAACGAUACUCAAUGGAGCUGCACAUUGUGAAUGUCCAUUCAAAAUACAAUGGGAGUGUGGACGCUGCUCUUGCUGCUAAAGACAGCACAGGAGUGGCUGUUCUUGGUUUCUUUAUUGAGGGAACCAAUGAACAAAACAAACCAAAAAGUUGGGAUAUCCUAACAUCCUUUUUGACAAAUAUCUCUUCUCCAGCUAGUUCAACAUUAAACGUCAUGAAUCAAACAACAAUGGACAGUCUGCUUGAAGGAGUGAACAGGACUAAGUAUUACCGGUACCAAGGCUCUCUUACCAUACCCGACUGCACUGAAGCUGUGAUUUGGACUGUGUUCAAAGAUCCCAUCAAAGUCAGUCAGGACUUGAUCAACCGCUUCAGCACAACUACCUUUUUCAAAGGGAGCCCUUCAGUUCUGAUGACCAACAUCUUCAGAGGAGUCCAGCCCUUGAAUGACAGAGUUGUGACAUCACAGCCCUCCGCAGCACCCACACACACUACAUCUAUCAUCACACUUCUCCUCUUGUCAAGUUUGUGCUGGCUGUAAAACACACAUUUGGGUUUUUGUGCACACCAACAUGAGCUUGUUAAAUUUAAUUGAUUUCUAUGUGAAGAAAUGAUCAGCUUUAUUGAUCAUGUUUGACGAUGCUUAAUGUUUUCUGUGACUAUUAAACUUUUGUCACUUGCA